CUGCAUUGUCGCUGCACACUCCAACGGGCACUGGACCUGUCAGUGCCCGUACACAGGUGCUACGCUCCUGUUCUCCGGAGGUGGUGAUUUUUAUUUAGGUUCAUUUCAACUCGGAGCUCGAUCCCUUCACGUCGCAAGGGAGAGGGGCAGAGAAUUUCAAAACAUUAUUUCCAACGUUGUACGAAAGCAAACAAAAUGAUCUACUUGUGCUUUGAUUGAAGUCGGGCUGCGCUUCUCGGACGACCGCGCCCGUUGUUUUCCGCCACACAGCGGAGCAGACCGGCAGGCACGUCCGGCUGUCGACUAUCGUGCACGGAGCGGAAGCCGGACAUCAUGGCAAAUCUAUUUGGCAAGACAAUGCACGGUCUUCUCCUGGUGAUGAUGGCGGCAGUGCCGCUGUCCGCGCUGUGUCCAAGGUGUGUCGCCGAAGACAAGCUGCUUCACGUCAAUGUACUGCGCGCACCUAGCGUGUUCUCUAGCCUAAUGGCGCGCGGUGCGACGUCCAGGGAAAUUGUAGCCAUGACGGAACACCUGGCGGAGCUGCAGGUGCGCACGCAGCAAGAGGAGGCGAUGCAGCGGCGCAGCGGAGACGGCAACAGUGCGGUGACCGUCGAGGCGCCGUCGAAGCAAAAGCUGAUCGAGGAGCACAUGCUGACUGUAGUGAACGAUGCGUACUUCGGAGCAAUCUACGUCGGAACGCCGCCGCAGAAGUUCUUCGUACAGUUCGAUAGCGGCUCGUCCAACCUGUGGGUGGUGUCGUCACGUGUCGACUGCCACAAGAAAGCCACCCACCUGAAGAAGAGCAAGGGUCUGUUCAUUGCCGGCAAUGCGACCGGCUGUCCAAACCUGCGUCGAUACGACCACUCCUUGUCGAGCACGUAUGCAUCACAACAGCGAUCCUUCUCGCUUACGUACGGCAGUGGGUUGGUGCGCGGGGUCUUCGGCCAUGACUCUGUCACCAUCGGAGGAGCGACGAUGAAGAAUGUCCUGUUUGCCGAAGCCACACUCCUGUCGCUGGAGUUCAGAAAUGGGGAGUACGAUGGAAUCAUGGGCUUGGGUCGUAGCUCCAUAGCUGUUGGGCAGGCGCCGAGCAUCACACACUACCUGAAGUCACAGGGGCUCAUCAACACGGCCGCCUUCUCUAUCUAUCUCAACACCGUCGAGAACAACGCCGCCGAGAAAGCGGUGGACGGCGGGCGGCUAGUGUUUGGUGGCGUGGACCCGCGGCACUACACCGGGAAGAUCUACUACGUCGCGGUGUACGACAACGCGUUCUGGACGUUCAACAUCCUCUCCAUGACCGUCCCCGUCUCGGUGAACAACGUUCAGCUCGGCGCUCUGGACCUGUGCCCCGGAGGCUGCCAGGCCAUCGCCGAUACGGGCACGUCGCUGAUCGUCGGUCCUCAGAAAGCCGUCGACAAGCUCAACGUGGCCCUGGGCGCCAUCAACACCAGCGUCAAGCUGAUGGGCAUAUUCACGCAGCUGCGCUGCACCGCCGAGCACCCGGUCAUCCGCAUGGCAGUGCAGGGCGUCACCAUCAACCUGACCAGCAAGACAUACCUGCUGCGGAUGAACAUCACGGAUGACGACGGCACGCAACGAGCGAUCUGCGUGAGCACGUUCCUCGCCAGCAACAUGUCCCCGUCCUGGAUCCUGGGCGACUCCUUCCUCAAGGCCUUCCUGACGGUAUUCGACUACGAGAACAAGCGCAUCGGGUUUGCCAAGAUUGCCCGGUAACAGAGUAUGUGUGAGAACGAGUGUACACGCAGCAUUUCAGUGCAGACUCAGCAAGAUAGGAAUAAUUUGCGCAUGGUUUUAAAACUUAUAAUUUAGGCGCUAAUUGUGCGAUGGUGAGGCUAUUCGCUCAUUGUGUUGCGUGAACGUAGCGCUCUGUUGGUAGCUGUAUAAGGGCAGCACGUUGGAAUUCUUCGACCUCUGGUCGUAUUGCUCCGGCAUGGUAUUCUAGAUCUGGCAUAUAGUUCGUUUGUUAAAUUGCAAAUCACUAGCUUCACGGAACAAUUUCACCCUUUCUCACGUUCUGCCUUUUAUUCUCCAUUGUUGUGUGCGUAAAAGAGGACUAAUGGUUCAUGAGUUUAACUCU